AUCAACAGCAGUGAAAAGGGUAGUAGAUAUAAGAGAAUAGCAGAGCAAACCCAAGCCACAGCUGUCCAGCAUGCUAGAGGGCAGCAAGGACUCCUCCUCAUACCUGCGGUUCGAAUGGGAAAGCAGCGCACCAGGCUUUGGGGUUGUGGCCAGCGCUGGCUUUGGGGGAAGCACGCUGGUGUUCUUCGACAUGAAGGUCAACAAAGACACACAGAUGAUCACUCAGCUGGCUGCAGCGAAUGGAGAAAACAGCUUUAAGGUUGUGAUACAAACCCCAGAGUCUGUGCUCAGUUUGAUUUCACAAGGUGUCUCCCUUGAGACAGGGCUAGAGCACUUUCUCUGCUACCUCCGCUCUGUUCCCAAGCCCAUCUUAGUUGUAUAUAACUUCUGGACAUCGGAGCUCACUGUUCUCUUUAAAGCCUUGGAUUCUUUUGCCAAGAAAUGGGACUUCUGCACAAAUGUCUGUGGUUAUCUGGAUACCCUGCCUUUAAUUAAGGAAAAGAUUCCCACGUUUGGUCUCUAUAAAAUGAAGAGCCUGGUGAGAAUGUACCUGCACAAGCCUCUGAACGACAGCAGCGCUCUGGCAUCGGUGAAGGCCCUAAGGGAUCUGUGUAAACUUCUGGAGAUCCACACAGAUCCAGAUCCGAGGCUUGUACUUUCUCAUUGCAACCUCGAAUCUUACACUUCCCUCCAGCCUUUGCUGCAGGAGAAAUUGCUAACCAGGUCUGCCACAAAGACUCUGGCAAUGCGCAAUAUGGUCCUCUGUGAACUGCAGGAGUCGUAGCAGGAGAGAGGGCUGCCAGUGAUUUCAGGUCUCCUGAGAGGAAGCUGCUAAACAGCUAAAAACAGCUCUCCCUUUUCCUAGCAAGAGUGCAACAAACUGCUUGAGGCUGUUACUGAGCUACCUAUCCUUAGGUGCUUUUAGCAUGUCAGUCACCACCAGACUGUCCCAGUGCUCUAUCUGUCACGUAUGAUUAAAUUACUUUUAAAACUAAAA